AGCCGGGGAGAGAGGAAACAGUGACCGUGGCUUGGGGCUCGUGUUACCUUCAGCACCGCAGCUGUGAUGGGUCUUUGUCUCCAGCCCUCGGACUGACACCCUGGCCCCAGCUGUGCUGCUGGCUCCGGAGAAUGAGCGGAUGCACCACAGGUCCUGCUGCCUGGGGCUUUGAUUCCCAAGGAUCUCCCUCCUCGCCCUCCAGCCGUUCGGCUCCUGAGCCUUUCCUGCAUCUCGGACAUUGUAAAGCAUUCGGAAACCUCCCUCGGCACGUUCUCCCCCAGAGCCCAGCCUGACAGCCCAGGGAACUGAAGACCUGCUUCUCCCCAGGACAUAGGUCGCGAGCUGUGGGCAUUCAUACUCUGGACUCGGCUGUUGCUUGCCACACAACUUGCUCUAGGAACUGUGGAAGAAGGCUGCAACUGCAGUACACCCAUGGCCUUCUCUGAGUUUCAGGCAGCUCCAGCCCUCCAGACAUGCUGUUUGAACUUCACCGGGACUGAAAUUGACUCCCUGGACUGGAGCCUCUUUGGUGGAGUAACAGGCCUGAGAGAGAUAUACCUCUCGCACUGCGGCGUGUUGGACAUUGUCAAUGCAUCCACUGCGCCCGUCAUGCUGGAGAUCUUGCACUUGGAUCACAAUCAGUUGGAAAAGCUUCCAGAAAGUUUCCUAGAAGAUGCCCCGCGAUUGAGGGUCCUUCAUUUGGACAGCAACAAGCUUCGCAAGCUGCCCAAAUCCUUCCUGAGAGCUUCCACUCAAAUCCAAGAGAUUAACCUUGGCUUCAAUGACUUGGCCUCCCUUCCCUCAGGUGUCUUUAAGCCCUCUCUCACCAGGCUCAGCCUCACCAACAAUAGCUGGGAUUGCACCUGCGCCUUGUUUGGUGACCUGGAGAAGUAUCCCCGAGAGCCAUCCAGCAGGGACAUGCAGGGCCCUGUCGUGGUGUGCAGCACCCCAGAGCGUUACCGCAGCAUGGACAUCCGAGAUAUCCGUAAGCAGGAGCUCUGCCGGGCACACAGCUUGACCGCCCUCUUCAUCUGCCUGCCCCUGGUGGUCAUUUUAGCCCUGGUCGCCUGGUGCUUUUGCAGGCAGAAGAGAAAGACGGGCUACACCCUCAGUCGCAGGCUGGAGUGCCACCUGGCCACGGUGGAGAGGAACAGUGCCAAGGGGCUGGCAGAGCCUCACCACUACAUCCAGUGUGAGCUGCCCACUGCCCCCACCGAGAGUGAGAAGAACACGCUGCUGAGGAACCAGAUCCUGCUGAAGCCCUCCACCGCCCUGCUGGGGAGCAACAGGGACCUCUAUGAAGAGGUGGAAAUCAAGCUGGGGGCCUUGGACAAUUCUUUUGUGCUGGUCAACGAAGGGAGCCUCAGCCAGGAGACGGGCCCCGAGGGGGCACCGCCGGUGGCGGCAGCAGCACAGGAGCUGGCGGGCAGCGACCCGGAAGCGGAGACCGUGAGCGUGACGGACGUGCUGAAGGACUCGGUGGACCGAGAGAAGCUCUACAUGAGCCAGGCAGUGGAUUAUUACAACCUGGUGCCUGCCAUUGAGCUGGAGGACUCCGACCACCAGGAGUACGAGAACAUUGACCUGCACUGAGGCUUGGCGAGUGAGGGGUGUCCUGGGAACCUGGGGCCGU